AGAAUGAAGCUAGGAAUGCAGAAUACUAUGUCCAGAAUCACAGGGCAGAUGGGAACCUCAGGAUACCCACACCCUGAAGGGUUAUUAGGAGAGUCUAUGCUUCGAUAUGGGACAGAACUUGGAGAAGACUCUAUGUUUGGACAAGCAUUGUUAGAUUUUGGUGAAUCGAUGACAUUGAUGGCUGACGUGAAAGACUCUCUUCAUAUCAAUGUGAAACAAAACUUUUUUGAUCCACUACAGUUAUUACAAGAGAAAGAUCUAAAAGAGAUUGGGUUUCACUUGAAAAAGCUGGAAGGCCGUCGUUUGGACUAUGAUUAUAAAAAGAGACGACUUGCUAGGAUGCCACGUGAAGAAUUACUAAAAGCAGUAAAGAAAUUUGAAGAGUCAAGGGAGUUGUCUAGAAGAAACAUGCUUAAUUUGUUAGAAAAUGAUAUAGAGCAAGUUAGUCAGUUGGCAGUAUUUAUAGAAGCCUUGCUAGACUACCACAAACAGUCCACUGACAUAUUGCAGGAGCUGCACAGGAAGUUACAGCACCGAAUACGUAUAUCAACUACUUUCUCUAAUUAUAAUUACAAGCCAAAGACUGAAUUCAAGACUUUUAAAGUUGGCGAUAAGUACAAUCAAAUUUCAUUCAAUUCUCCAGCAAAUUCAGGUCCUCCGAUUCUCCUGGAUCACCCAUGCUGUCGUGCUCUCUACGACUUUAUUCCUGAAACUGAAGGAGAACUUGGAUUUAAAGAAGGGGACAUCAUUACGUUAACCAGGCAAAUAGAUGAAAACUGGUAUGAAGGAACAUUCCAGGGGCGAUCCGGAUUCUUCCCCAUUAACUAUGUCUCUGUGCUAGUGCCUUUGCCUUAG